ACGGCGGCGGUUUUGAGCUGAGGGAGGCCGAUGAGGGGAACCGGGAGCUGGAGGAGGUCCGGCUGUGCCUGGGGCCCCUCGCCCUGAUAUUAUGUCUGAGGGGCCCGGGUCUGAAGAUGACGCUCAUACGAUGCGUUCUCCGCCUCGAUGCGACCGGGCGCUGACAGGACGGUAACCGCUGCCAUGCAGAAGCCACACAAAGCGCCGACUACAAAAGCCACCCUGGCCACCAUCUUGUUUGGAGGGUUGACGGCAAAGGAAAACGAUCCCAAGAUGGCGGCGUCCAGCUCGAAGGGAGCCCUGGGCCCCCACAACAGCCGCAAGCGUAACCGGCCCCGCUCCCUGUCCAGCCCCGGGUCUGAGGACUCUGCGAGCCCCUCCAGUUCUAAGAAAGCCGCUCUCCAAUCACACCGCAAGCCCCGACCUCCGAACUGCAGAACUUCUCCGAGGCUCCGGGGGGCGGCAGACGUCAGCGCCACGGACUAUAUCCUGUUCAGCCCCGCGCAGCAGGCGUCCAUACUGGAGAAGCGGAGCAGGCAGCAGCCGAGCGCCAGCCCCUCCGUGUCAGUCCUGGCGCCCCCUUGUGGUCUGGACCGCUCGUUACUGGACGGCAGCCUGUCUGCAACCGGUCAGAGACCCCACAUGGCGCUGCCGGCAGAGCUGGCGGACAAGCUCCUCCUGGAGAGCUGGGGGCUGCCCCGAGCCGUCCUGGACAAGUACGCCAGCCUGGGGGUGCUGCAGAUGUUUGAGUGGCAGGCCGAGUGUCUGAUGCAGGGCCAGGUGCUGGCCGGGAAGAACCUGGUCUAUUCUGCUCCUACCAGCGCUGGGAAGACUCUGGUGGCCGAACUGCUGCUCCUGAAGAGAGUCCUGGAGACGCGGAAGAAAGCCAUCUUCAUCCUGCCCUUCGUCUCCGUAGCCAAAGAGAAGACUUAUUACCUACAGAACCUCUUCCAGGAGGUGGGGGUCCGGGUCGGCGGGUACAUGGGCAGCUCCGCUCCGGCCGGCGGUUUCACCUCUCUGGAUGUCGCCGUCUGCACCAUCGAGAAGGCAAAUGGUCUGGUGAACCGACUGAUCGAGGAGAACAGGAUCGACCUGCUGGGGAUGAUGGUGGUGGACGAGCUGCACAUGUUGGGGGAUUCGCACCGGGGUUACCUGCUGGAGCUUCUCCUCACCAAGAUUCAGUAUGUGACUCAGAAAACUGCGGCCAAGAAAAAAGACUCCGGGAAGGAGGUGCAGAUCGUCGGGAUGAGCGCCACUCUGCCCAAUCUCCGCCUGCUGGCGUCCUGGCUCCGCGCUGAGCUGUACCACACCGACUUCCGCCCCGUGCCCCUCAAAGAACGAGUCAAAAUCAGCAAAACUUUAUAUGAUUCAUCCAUGAACCCUGUGCGGGAGCUUCAGCCUCUAAUUCACGUGAAGGGGGACGACGACCACAUCGUCAGCCUGUGCUACGAGACCGUCCAGGGGGGUCAUUCCAUCUUAAUUUUCUGCCCGUCCAAGAACUGGUGUGAGAAGUUGGCCGAUACGAUUGCCCGCGAGUUCUACAACCUGUAUCGCCGGGCGCUGCAGGAGUCUGCGGAUGGUAGAUUGGAGCCAAGCGUCUCCCCUGUGGUCCUGGAUAAGGACGGCAUACGGGACGUGGUGGGUCAGCUGAAGCGAUGUCCGGCUGGACUGGACGCCGUUCUUGGACGCACCGUUCCCUGGGGUGUGGCCUUCCAUCACGCCGGGCUGACCUUCGAUGAACGGGACGUGGUAGAAGGCGCCUUCCGGCAGGGUAUUGUCCGUGUCCUCGCUGCGACUUCCACCUUGUCGUCCGGGGUCAACCUUCCUGCCCGACGAGUCAUCAUUCGGAGCCCACUCUUUAACGGGCGACUCCUGGACAUUCUGACUUAUAAGCAGAUGGCUGGAAGAGCCGGACGCAAAGGGGUUGACACUGAAGGGGAGAGUAUCCUCGUAUGUAAGCCGGUGGAGAGGUCGAAGGGGAUCAGUUUGCUGCAGGGGGCCCUGAAGCCGGUCCAGAGCUGCCUGUUGCGGAAAGAAGGGGCCGGAGUCACGGGGAGCAUGAUCCGCGCUAUUCUGGAGAUCAUAGUUGGCGGGGUGGCAGACACGCCCCAUGAUGUCCGCACCUACGCCUCCUGUACCCUGUUGGCUACAAGCCUGAAAGAGGAGGAAGAGGAGGAGGACGGAGAUCCGGAGCGCAGGGACCACGGAGCUAUCGAGGCGUGCGUGGACUGGCUGCUGAGAAAUGAGUUCAUACAGGUGGUGGAGGAGGAGCGGGACGGAAGGAGAGCUGAGGUUUACCGCCCCACGAAGCUCGGCUCCGCCACCCUCUCGUCCUCGCUGUCGCCCUCCGAGGCUCUGGGCAUUUUUGCAGACCUUCAGAGAGCUAUGAAGGGCUUUGUCCUGGAGAACGACCUGCACAUCCUGUAUCUGGUCACCCCUGUGUAUGAGGAGUGGGCGACCAUUGACUGGUAUCAGUUCUUCUGUCUCUGGGAAAAACUCUCCGUGUCCAUGAAACGCGUGGCCGAGAUGGUGGGGAUCGAGGAAGGUUUUCUGGCCCGAUCUGUAAAGGGUAAAAUCGUCGCCAAAAAUGACCGCCAGCAGCGCCAGAUCGCCAUCCAUAAGAGGUUCUACACGAGUCUCGUGCUCUUGGAUUUAAUCAGUGAAGUCCCGUUGUCGGAAUUAACCAAAAAGUAUGGCUGCAGCCGGGGUCAGCUCCAGUCCCUGCAACAGUCCUCGGCUACCUACGCAGGUAUGGUAACCGUGUUCAGUAAUCGACUGGGGUGGCACAAUAUGGAGCUUCUUCUCUCCCAGUUCCAGAGUCGGCUCACAUUUGGCGUACAGCGAGAGCUCUGUGACCUUGUCCGCCUGGAUAUGCUGAAUGCACAGAGGGCGAGAGCUCUUUACAAUGCCGGAUUCAUUACUGUCAGCGUGCUGGCACGAGGAAAUGUCAGUGAUGUGGAGACGGCCCUGAAGAACGCCGUGCCCUUUAAGAGCUCCCGCAGAGCCGUCGAUGAAGACGAGGAAGCUGCUCAGGAACGCCGAGCCGCCCGAUGCAUCUGGAUUUCUGGGAAGAAGGGCCUCACGGAGCGGGAGGCAGCGGAGCUUAUUGUGGAGGAGGCGCGGAGGCUUUUGAAGGAGGACCUGGCCAUGAUGGGGAUCCGCUGGAAUCCAGAUACAAGCCUAGAGCCCAGCUCACCCCUCGACAAGAGCUCAGAAUCCACCUCUGAGCUACAAGAGAAGGCCUUGACCACUGCCAGGAAAUGUUCGGAGAUUAACCCACUCCUGACUGUGGAGGGCACAGGCCCACAGAGACUGGAGACGGCUGGUAAUGCCAGGUCCCAGAGUAAGGAGGCUACCGGCCAGUCCUCCGAUGCCACAUGUGCCGAGAACCCGGAGCCAAGUCCUGAAAGUGUUGUACUGAAGAGUACGGAGAACAUCCCAGAACAUCACUCAGGAAAAGCUCAGGUUCAUCCCAGAAAGAUAAGUACUGGCAUCUCUAUAGAUACCGGAUACUCGAGUGUGGCCAAUAAACGUCCAAAUAGCGGCGGGCACCUUAGUGACGAUGGCACCAUUUCCAAAACUAAUCAGCUGCAGCCUGACCAAGAAAGUGGACGAGUUCCGGGUGACCCAUUGCUUAUUGGUGAAGGUCCACCAUCGAAAGAGAAGAAGGCUGAAGCAUGGGCCCCUAAAACAAGAGAGACGGAAAGCCCAGAUACCCAGUUGUUCAGAGUUCCAGACAUGAAGCCAUCUCCUGAUGCCCAAGUGGUGGAAGCCUCUGCAGUGAGGAACCCUGGUCCUGAGAUUAUUCCAGUCAACAAUCCCAACACCAAAGAAGCUUCAGGUGGAAUCAUCAACCCCGUUGUCUGCACCACAACAUCUCCUGGCGGCAGCCACUCUCCAGACUUGUACAUCGCUUCGAGGACUUUUGAGGACAGUUUCCAGCUGGAUUCUCAAACAGAGAAGUUAAUUCUGCAGCAGGUGGCACCCGAACCCAAAAGAGAAGAGGAAGGAGCAGGUACGACACUGGCAGAUGUUCUACCGACGGAGAGACUAAGUGUAGCUGGUACUAGACUUGUCGAGGAUGUGACAUCUCUGAGUGUUGAGGAUCCAGGACAAGCACAAAUACAGGAGACUGAGAUUUCUGUAAGGAAAUCCUUGGGUCCACCCGGUGAGCUCCCGGAAGCUAAAGUCACAGAUGGAAGUUCAUGGCAGAAGGGAAGUGACCUGUCCCUCACCGAUACACAACUUCAGGUCUUGUUCCAGUCCUACCACACACAGGUGAAGAAUGAAGAGACAGGUCCAAACGCCAAUGUAGCAUCUCCUCCAAAGCAACGCUCCUCCGAAGACGAGGUAAAGGACUCCAGCCUGAACAUGAGCGGUAGCUUCCUUUUCGACAGCUUUAAUGAUGAUCUUGGUUUUUGCUCCAAGUUGGAAGAGCUCAAUCUUCCUCCUCCAUCUGAUGGCGAGAAGAAAGAAAAGCUGGGGCCUCCUCAGCAGAAGGCGAAAGCUUCCUUCCCUACAAUCCCAGAAAAUCAGAGCCUGUCUGUAAAAUAUGACGAAGGGUCUAUCAUGUUCUCCCAGCUGGAUUCCUUUCAGAUGGUGGAGGUUCUAGAUCACGUAGAACAACCUUCCACGGAAGAACACACAAUACCUAAAUCCCCAGUUCUGGGGGAGAAAAAUGGGGGCAUCAAAGAAUUGGUACAAAAUGAGGAGAUGGUGAAGACUAGGUCAGAGUGGUGUGACCUCUCAUUUAGCUUGACUCAAGGAAUGGUGGAUAUUUUAGAUCAGUGGCCGAAUGUCACACUGAACAUCAGUUGUGACCCCAGAGCUGCGGAUUUGGAGCAACGUGUAGUUAAUGAGCAAGACAUGACCAGAAUCUCCAAGGACAGGCCAUCUUGUCCAGAUGAAGGUGGUCUUCACACUCCCUGUGCCGAACGUCGUUAUAUAGAUCUUAACAACCGCAAUUCUACUCCGAAUCCAGACUCUGAAAAUGAGCGACAACUGGACUCCAGGCCUGAGAGCAGAACCGAUGUGAUCCCCCCCACACCUCCAAGUGCUUGUAAGUCAAGAGUGACCAGCAUGUCCUCCAUGAAAUCUGGCAUCAAGAAACCAAGACUAGAAUCCCUGAGCUUCACAUCCCAGGACGCAGAUGACUUAUUUGGUUCACAAGGUGAAGUUCUGGACCAUGAGGAGGUGGCGAUGGUGGAAGAUAUUCAAGACUCCUCUGUGGUGGCCAAGGACUUCUCCUUGCAGUUGUCUCAGGAAUCCUCUUUGCCUCUUCCUCCAUCCAGCUCACAGGACUUUAGUAUCAUCGAUGUGGCCAGUGACCUGACCCUGUUCCAGACAUUUCUGAAGGAAUGGAAGAACCAGAAGAAGUUUUCCUUAUCCUUGGCCUGCGAGCGGAGAACCCGGACAUUGUCCUCCAGGUCCUGCAUCGGUGGGAGGUUUAAACAAGUGCGGUCACCACAGGGACGAGCCAAGGAAGAUGAUGGCCUCUCCAUCCCAGGCUGGGACGACGUGCUGCUGGUGGGACUGGCUGUAUGCUGGGGAGGGAAGGACGCCUAUUACCUGUCCCUACGGAGUGAGCAGGACCAGUCAGAGAUGAGCUCCAGCCUGGCCGCCCCUCCGCUGGACCAGAACCUGCCCGUCAAGGAGCGGCUGUGGUGUCUGCAGUCCACAUUGCAGCAGAUGCGCCCCCCAGAGGUCAUCAUGUAUAACUUCAUAGAGCAGUACAAGGCGCUGGUCCUGGGCUGCAGAACCUCCAUCACUGGACACUUCCAGGACCCGAAGGUCGCUUGCUGGUUACUGGAUCCGAGUUCCAAGCAGCGAACGCUUCACAACAUGGUGGCCAACUUCCUGCCUCAAGAGCUCCCCCUGCUGGACGGGGUAAGCAGUGGUCAGGGAGUGCAGAGCCUGGGCCUCAGCGCCAGUAGCGACCAGUCCGGACGCUACCGAGCGGCCAUAGAGUCGGUCCUCGUCUUCAGCAUCACGACCUUGUUACAGGGAUUAUUGGAGAAGGAGAAUCUGCAAGGGGUCUUCACCGGGGUGGAGAUGCCCACACACUACUGCCUGGCGCUGCUGGAGCUGAAUGGCAUCGGCUUCAGCAGCGAGGAGUGCGAGACACAGAAGCACAUAAUGCAGGCCAAGCUGAACGAGAUUGAGGCCCAGGCGUACCAGCUGGCCGGGCACCGCUUCUCCCUCACCAGUGCUGAUGAUGUCGCCCAGGUUCUGUUCCUUGAACUUAAACUGCCCCCCAACGGCGACGUGAAGGGUCCUGGAAACAAGAAGACUUUGGGGUACACCCGGCGGCCGGCGCUGAACGGGCACAGAGUCCGACUCGGCAAGCAGUUCAGCACCACGAAGGAUGUUCUGGAGAAGCUGAAGCCGCUGCAUCCUCUGCCCGGCCUGAUCCUGGAGUGGAAGCGGAUCACCAACGCCAUGACCAAGGUGGUGUACUCGCUGCAGCGCGAGAAGAUCCUGUGCCAGAGCCUGGGCAUGGAGCGGAUCUACCCCGUGUCCCAGACGCACACCGCCACAGGCAGGGUCAGCUUCACAGAGCCGAAUAUCCAGAAUGUUCCCAAAGACUUUGAGAUUGAAAUGCCGCGUCUGGUGGGAGAGAGCCCCCCGUCUCAGGCAGUGAGCACGUCCAAGCAGCGGGGCGCCCGGACCCUCCCCAGGACACUGGUGCCAGUGGAGCAGAUCCCGCAGGAUCGGGGGAUGUCGUUUUUCGUCAGCAUGCGGCACGCCUUCAUCCCGUUUUCAGGGGGGUUAAUACUGGCGGCAGAUUACUCUCAGCUGGAGCUGCGGAUUCUCGCUCACUUAUCCCGGGAUCGCCGCCUCAUCCACGUAUUGAACAGCGGCUCCGACGUCUUCAGGAGCAUCGCAGCCGAGUGGAAGAUGAUUGAGCCGGACGCUGUGACGGACAGUAUGAGGCAGCAGGCCAAACAGAUUUGUUACGGAAUCAUUUAUGGAAUGGGGGCAAAAUCCCUGGGCGAGCAGAUGGGGAUCGGGGAGGAGGACGCCGCCUGUUACAUAGAAUCCUUCAAGGCCCGGUACACAGGUAUUCAGCGGUUCCUGAAGGAGACGGUGAAGAAUUGCGCUGCCAGAGGCUUUGUUCAGACGAUCCUGGGUCGGCGCCGCUACCUUCCAGCCAUCAAGGAUGCAAAUCACCACGCGCGGGCUCAUGCGGAGCGCCAGGCUGUGAACACCACCGUGCAGGGAUCAGCUGCCGACAUCGUCAAGACUGCAACUGUCAACAUCCAGAGACAACUGGAGCAGACCUUCCCCGCCGUGCCCAAGUCCCACGGACACCGACUGCUGGCCCCGGGUACAGGGAAAUCGGUACGAAAAGGGAAUCCUUCGCCUCCGAGGCGCGGCGCCUUCUUCAUUCUGCAGCUGCAUGACGAGUUGCUGUACGAGGCGGCCGAGGACGAUGUCAUCCAGGUGGCGCAGAUUAUAAAAAGCAAGAUGGAGAAUGCGGUGAAGUUGUCCGUUACCCUGAAGGUCAAAGUGAAGUUUGGCCCCAGUUGGGGGGACCUGCAGGACUUUGACCUGUAGAUGAGACCCCCAAACCCCUCCCCCACAGAGCCGAAUCCUGGAAGGAAAUUACUUGAAGUCCUAGCAGGAUUUAUAAUAUGAAUUUUUUGUGACUUUGCACAUGUAAUGAUUUGUGAGGCGGAGCCAAUCCGACCUCUUUUAAUCUCCUGUAAUAAUAUAAUAUAAU